AUGGCGCUCGGCGGGCUUCGCCGCGAGAUCGAGGAGCAGAUCGCCCAGCAAUGUAGAGAAAUCGUAGACCUCAAGCGUCAGCUGAACACGCUACUCCUCAUCGCGCGUCUGCCCCCCGAGCUGCUCGCCGAAGUAUUUAUGGCCUAUGCUGAACUGAGCACCAGCGAAUAUGUCGAUUAUGGGACCACCGUCCCCCCAUAUAUCUCUCGUUUUCGUAUCACUCAUGUCCGCCACCACUGGCGCGAAGUAGCUCUUCAAACCCCCAGGCUAUGGGCGGAAGUCGUCAUGGCCAAGCUUCCAUGCGUGAAGGAAAUGCUGGCUCGGUCAAAGGAGGCACCCCUUUCGGUUAGCGGCAGUAUGGAGGACUCCAGGGAAGGUAGCGAAAUGUUCGGGUCCAUCGUUGGCGAGAUGCACCGCGCGAAAGAUCUCAAUCUUAAUGUGCAAAGGCGCCUAUUGCGACCAUUUCACCGCUCGGAACCUACUCAAGUGCCUCUCUUACGAUCCCUGAAACUGAGCGCAUUGUACACAAGGGGUUCACCGAGCAGCGAACCGCUGCCGUUCAUAUCCACUCUGAUACCCACGCAGCUUCGAGAACUUGAUGUGACCGGAUAUCCGUUGGACUGUUUUCGGAUCUUGGUGCUGCCUUCCCUUACACGCCUGUCUUGGUCCGGGCAUUCGACCAAGUCGACAGUGUCUGCCGUCCUCGCGCUGCUCCUUCAUACUCCACUUCUCCGCUCGCUCGCUAUAUACGACUCGUCGAUGAUUUCCGGAGAGGACGUCUAG